GUACGCUGCUAACAAAUUCGAUCAUCCCGUCAAAUUCGCUCAUCUUGUCCUAGCACUACGUUGGAACGCACGACACAUCAACAAUAAUACAGAACCACUUAUAUCACGCAGAUGCUUGGUGAAUUUGGAACUCACCGUGUGUUGCGUACGGUUUCGACAGCUGUCACCACUUACCGCAGCAUAUCCUUCAUCUUGAUUUAUCCGUUGGUCCUGCUGGUCUUGCCUUUAAUGCUACCCAGCCAACCUUCGAAAGGUGCCUACAUCCUCUUGCUAAUGUCCGGCUUCUGGGUGACCGAAGUGAUACCUAUAUACGUCACAGCACUGAUUCCCGUCCUUUUGGGUCCCGCGAUGGGUAUUAUUCCGUCCUCAAAGAUAUGUCCUGCCUACAUGAAGGACACAAACAUGCUAUUUGUGGGAGGGCUGUUCAUUGCUUGUGCCCUAGAACACCAUCAAUUACACAAACGAAUUGCGAUUACUGCCUUAAAGAUAGUCGGAAGUGAUCCCAAAAUCCUGAUGCUCGGCUUCAUGGUGCCCACGUGGUUUCUCUCAAUGUGGAUGUGUAACACAGCAACCACAGCGAUGAUGAUAACGAUUGUGGAAGCCGUACUGAACAGCUUGGAAACAAUUGAAGCGGAAAUGCGCAAGCAAGUACAAUACAGGAGCAACCAAACAAAAAGGUCGUCAAAUCCCGCAUUGUUUUACAACGACAAAUGCGAAAUGCGCUUUGAGGCGUUACAUUCAGUGCCGAAACAGUAUGAACCCAUGCAAGAAAACGGAAAAGAUUGCAAAAUGCUUCCAAGUUCAGUGGUGACAACGGAAAGUGAAAUGAAUGAGAUGAGGAAAUUAAGUGUUGGUCUAAGUUUGUGCGUGUGUUACGCAUCUUCAUGUGGUGGGGUCGGUACUAUAACAGGAACUGCACCGAAUUCCAUCUUUUUUGGUGAAAUAAAUAGUCUGUAUGGCGGUGAUACUGGACUCACCUUUGGUUCUUGGAUGGCAUUGGCUUGUCCAAUCUCUAUCGUCAUGCUUCUGUUCGCCUGGCUAUGGUUAACGAUACUUUAUGUCGGACCGCGCUCACUGUGCGUUGCCUCCCGGAAUGUAGAACGUGCGCAAAUGCUGGAUAAGAUUAUUGAAACGGAGGCCAGAAAACUGGGACCGUUUACGUAUGCAGAAGGCCUCUGCUGUGCGCUUUUCGCUCUGGUGAGUUCACUAUGGAUCACCCGAAACAUGGGAGAAAUUGGUUGGGGAAAAUACUUCAAGCAGAAGGAUGUUGUAUUUGUGUCCGAUGCUCAACCGGCCAUUAUGGUUUCACUUUUGGCUUUCAUCUUGCCGGCUGUUAGCCCGAUGGAAAUGUGGAAGCAACACCAGCGAAAGGAAACUCGACACAAAGAUGUGCAGGUUGAUAAACAACCUUUGUUACCUUGGGAGGUUGCAAAACAGCGUUUUCCGUGGGGUGUGGUAUUCGUCUUGGGCGGAGGAUUUGCACUUUCUGAUAUCUGUCGGGCAUCUGGUCUAUCUACAGUGAUUGGAGAAUGGUUGAGUGAAAAACUUGUUGGAAUUCCUUCCACAGGUCUGAUUUUCCUUUGUUGUAUACUUUCUGGAUUUCUAACGGAGUUCACAUCGAAUGCGGCAACCGUCUCCAUGUUACUUCCCAUCGUGUUCAGCCUGGCCAGUAAAUUGAAUCUUCACCCGUUUACACUUGCUAUUCCGAGCACAAUAGCGACAUCGUUUGCUUUCUCCUUACCCGCUGCUACGCCUCCGAAUUCAAUAGUAUUUGGAAAAGGACGGGUGAAAGUCAAUGAAAUGAUCAGGGCAGGAGUUGUGUUGAAUUUCGGUGGCAGUUUGAUUUCCUUGUUGGCGGUAUCGACGCUCGCAAGACCUCUGUUUGGAUUGGACAGUAUACCCACGUGGGCGAUCAACAGGACAACAAUAUUACAUUAACUUAUCAUGCAUUCAAAAAUGUCUAGAUUUUAACACUAAUAUUCGCACCGAUUUUUAUGUACAAACUUGGUCCGAUUGUUCAAAAAAGGCGUUUGAG